AUGGCAGCUCAAGCUCCUACGGACGGGCUCGCCAAGCUCUCCGUAAAGGAAGAGGCUGCCAACGGCAAGGCCGCCACAGCCUCCGCCGCCAACGGAGCGACCAACGGCGGCGCGGCAGCCGACCACGAAGACGACGACUCGGAGGACGAGGCCGAGAACAACGCCCCCGAGGCGGCCGGGACGGGCGCCGCCAAGAAGAAGAAGAAGAGAAAGCCCAAGAAGAAGAAGAAGGCGGGCGCGGCCACGCAGCAGUCGGACCCGCCGCGCGUGCUCAUCUCGCAGCUGUUCCCCAACGACAGCUACCCCAAGGGCGAGGAGGUCGAGUACGUCGACGAGAACCGGUACCGCACGACGAGCGAGGAGAAGCGCCACCUCGACAACCUCAACCCGCAGUUCCUGGUCGACUACCGCCACGGCGCCGAGACGCACCGGCAGGUGCGGCAGUGGGCGCAGAAGAACAUCAAGCCCGGGCAGACGCUCACCGAGAUCGCCAACGGCAUCGAGGACAGCGUGCGCGCGCUCGUCGGCCACGACGGCCUGUCUGAGGGCGAUGCGCUAGUCGCCGGCAUGGGCUUCCCGACCGGCCUGAACCUCAACCACAUCGCGGCGCAUUAUUCGCCGAACGCGGGCAACAAGAUGGUCCUGGCCCAGGACGACGUCAUGAAGGUCGAUAUCGGAGUCCACGUCAACGGGCGCAUUGUCGACAGCGCCUUCACGAUGGCUUUCAACCCCAAGUACCAGAACCUUUUGGAUGCCGUCAAGGCGGCCACCAACACCGGUGUCAAGGAGGCUGGCAUCGACGCCCGCCUGGGCGAGAUUGGCGAGGCCAUCCAGGAGACGAUGGAGAGCUACGAGAUCGAGCUCAACGGGGAGACGUUCCCGAUCAAGUCGAUCCGGAACCUCAACGGGCACACGAUCGAGCACUACAGCAUCCACGGCAAGAAGAGCGUGCCCAUCGUCAAGAGUAAUGACCAGACCAAGAUGGAGGAGGGAGACAUCUUUGCCAUUGAGACCUUUGGCAGUACCGGAAACGGCUAUGUCCGGGACGAGGGCGAAGUAUCGCACUAUGCCAAGAUCAAGGACGCACCCAAAGUAGACCUGAGGCUUUCGUCGGCCAAGAACAUUCUGAACGUCAUCAACAAGAACUUUGGAACACUGCCUUUCUGCCGGCGGUACCUGGACCGCCUAGGCCAAGAUAAAUAUCUGCUCGGGUUAAACAACCUGGUAAACUCUGGCAUUGUCGAGGCGUAUCCUCCGCUGGUGGACAAGAAGGGCUCGUACACGGCUCAGUUUGAACAUACAAUCCUGAUCCGCCCGACGGUCAAGGAGGUUAUCAGCAGGGGAGACGACUACUAG